AUGGCUUCGGAAGAACAAGAAGUCUCUGCUUCUGCCUCUGCUUCUGUAGUAGAGAACGAUGCUCAUCGGCUCAGGUUAGGAUCAAGCGACUCGCUUCUCCUCCCUGGUCUCAUCGACGACGUUGCUCUAAACUGCCUCGCUUGGGUUCCGAGAUCGGACUAUCCUUCCUUAUCUUGCGUGAGCAAGAAGUACAACAAGCUGAUCAACGACGGACACUUGUUUGCUCUGAGAAAGGAGUUGGGGAUCGUCGAGUAUCUCGUCUUCAUGGUCUGCGACCCGAGAGGAUGGCUAAUGUUCUCUCCGACGAAGAAGAAAUGGAUGGUGCUACCGAAAAUGCCCUGCGACGAGUGCUUCAACCACGCGGACAAAGAGUCUUUAGCCGUGGACGACGAGCUUCUCGUGUUCGGGAGAGAGCUGUUUCAGUUCGCGAUCUGGAAGUACAGCGUGAGGUCUCGCCGCUGGCUCAAAUGCGAAGGCAUGCACCGUCCUCGCUGCCUCUUCGCGUCGGGAAGCCUCGGCGGGAUCGCGAUCGUCGCCGGCGGGACGGACAUGAACGGGAACAUAUUAGCGUCGGCGGAGCUUUACGACGCGUCUUCGGGAAGGUGGGAGAUGCUUCCGAACAUGCACUCGCCGAGGAGGCUGUGCUCGGGGUUUUUCAUGGACGGGAAGUUUUACGUGAUCGGAGGGAUGUCGGGGCCGAAUGUUUCGGUGACGUGCGGGGAGGAGUUUGAUUUGGAGACGAGGAAGUGGAGGAGGAUCGAAGGGAUGUAUCCGAAUGUGAACAGGGCGGCGCAGGCUCCGCCGCUUGUUGUGGUGGUGGAUAAUGAGCUGUUCACGCUGGAGUAUUUGACGAGUAUGGUGAAGAAGUAUGAGAAGAAGGAGAACAAGUGGGAGGUGAUGGGGAGGUUGCCUCCGAUGGUGGACUCAUCGAAUGGUUGGGGUUUGGCGUUUAAGCCGUGUGGGGAGCAGUUGCUGGUGUUUUGUGGGCAGAGAGGGGUUAAUGGGGAAGGGAUUGUGGUGAAUGCUUGGAGUCCGAGGUCGGGAGGGAAAGAUGGGAACUUGGAUUGGAAAGUGAUUGGUGUUAAAGAGAAUGUUGGUGUGUUUGUGUAUAACUGUGCUGUCAUGGGUUGUUGA